GACAGAUUCAGACCCACCUGCGGUGGCGUCUCGGAGAACGCUGAGUUUUGGGAAAGUGCUUUCCCGCCCACAUACAGUCAUUUUGCUUUGUUUAUAUAGGUGGAACGAGGUUAAUGUUAAUGUCAGACGGAUGUUAGGAGUCAGGUAACGUUUAACGUUUGCUCUGUCGUUCUCCUGAAGGCUUUUAACUGACUGAAAGCUUGCCGCUUCCUGGACAGUUUCCCAGCAGAAACAGUGGAUUGAGCCGUUAUAACCAUGGCUCAGGAGGAAAGUAAGCGGCUGGUAGUAGUGGUUCCCAAUGAGACGUCCUUCCUGUCCCGCCGUGUGUUUACAAGUGAGGAUGAAGCCUGGAGGGCCUACCUGGAGAACCCUCUCACUGCAGCCACCAAGGCCAUGAUGAGCAUCAAUGGAGACGAGGACAGUGUGGCAGCUCUUGGACUCCUGUAUGAAUACUACAAGGUUCCAAAAGAGAAAAGGCUCCUGUCUGUAGCUAAAUUUCCAGAGGAAGAAAAAAGGAUAUGCCAUGGUGGUGUCGAAUCCAUGAAUGAGCGCGUUCAGGGCACCAGAUCUCCCCCAGUCAAUCUCUCAGUCAACACAGAUUCUCGUAGCACAGAGGUGAAGCGAGACUCAUAUAGCGCAUUACCAGCAGCGGGGGGAGUGGUGGCCAACGUAAAGUCAGAGGUGUAUUCUAACCAGCAGCCUGAGAGGCAGCCAUACCAUCAUGUGCCCUACCAACAGUCCACUCAGGAAGCACAUAGCAGUUAUGGCAAGGACGAGCAGAGGAGCAUUCCAGAUAGCACCUUUGAAGACUCUUACACUGGCGAAAAUGUGCAGAAAUUCCGAGUGUCCACCACUCUAGGGGCCCAAGACGCUCUCUUUGAGCAGCCUGGAAUGAACAUGCUCCAGUACAAUAUAGAAGCGAGCCGCUCUGUUCGACAGAAACCUGGCGAGGGUCCAAUGAUCUAUUUGAACAGAGGCCAGUUCUAUGGCAUUACACUGUGUGAGGCGGGCAUUGGUAAAGGCUUGCGCCAUCCUAUCAGCAAAGUGAGGAGUGUGGUGAUGGUGGUGUUUGGAGAUGACAAAUGUCGCGAUGAGCAGUUGAAGCACUGGAACUACUGGCACACCCGUCAGCACACCGCCAAACAGAGAGUCCUGGACAUUGCUGAUUACAAAGAGAGCUUCAACACUAUUGGGAACCUGGAGGAAAUUGCCUACAAUGCUGUCUCUUUCACCUGGGACAUUAAUGAGGAGGCUAAGGUGUUCAUCACAGUGAACUGUUUGAGCACAGAUUUCUCCUCUCAGAAAGGAGUGAAAGGGCUUCCACUUAUGAUUCAGAUUGAUACAUACAGCUACAACAACAGGAGCAAUAAACCAAUUCACAGAGCUUACUGCCAAAUCAAGGUCUUCUGUGACAAGGGAGCUGAGAGGAAGAUUCGCGAUGAGGAGAGAAAGCAGAUGCGGAAAAAGACAAAGGGUCAUGUGACUGGAGGGCAAGGUCACAAUGAUCUGUCAGGUAAAAGAGGAAGUCCUGGAGCAUUAAUGCAGAAGAGAUCAGACAUCACAUUUUUCAAAUCCAUAACAGACCUGGAUUCUCAGCCAGUGUUGUUCAUCCCUGAUGUUCAUUUCAGUAACAUGCAGAGAGCUGCACAGAUGUUUGGAUAUAGUACUGAAGAAAUGGAGAGUGAUUGUGUGAUGAUGAAGAGGGUGUUCAGACAGUCAGAGGAUGAUCCCUGCGUUCCACCAGCCAAACAGAGCAAAAGUGAUGCGCAAAGGAGGGUUCUACUUUAUGUAAGGAAAGAGUCUGAUGAGGUUUUUGAUGCACUAAUGCUCAAGUCUCCAACAGUGAAGAGUUUGACUGAGGCUAUCUCAGACAAAUAUGCUCUUCCUGUUGAGAAGAUAAGUAAAAUCUACAAGAAGAAUAAGAAAGGGAUUCUGGUCAACAUGGAUGACAACAUCAUCGAGCACUACUCCAAUGAGGAUGCAUUUGUACUAAACAUUGAGCCUCAGGCAGAGUGCUUUCAGGUUACACUCACAGAGAUCUAAUGGCUGCAUUAUUAAGACUCGUAGGUGGACUUAUAAUGGCCUACUCAUCAACAGUUUAGAGAACAUCAAAUCAAAGAUGGAUAAAGCCGGAUAAAACAGAAUACCUAAGCAGAGGAAAAUGUAGAUUCUCUACAGAUGAGUGGCAAACUGUGACAAACACCUGUGUACUUUCUUUUCUUUUUGUCUGUGUUUAAGCUCAGAUGAAAACAUAGAAUUAUCACUGCAGUUUAUUGUGUGUUCUGGAAAUAACUAGCCUAACAGGUUCUUUCAAGUAGCUUUCAGUAUUUUGCUGUUUAAUCUACCUUCAUGAAAUGACCCAAAUGCCAAAAGCAUCACACAGUUGUACAUUCUUAAAGAUUUUCCUGCUAAACUGUGGCUGUUAGUGGCUAAACUGUGUCCCAAUGUCUCGUCUUUACUGUAUGUUAGGCUAUAUGUGUAGCGUUAGUUAAUGUGUUUGCAGCAUGUAUAUAUUUAAUGUUUUCAUUAAAUGCUUGUGUGUAUACUACUUUAUUUGAAUUAAUGUAAUAAACAAUAUCAUUUUUUCU